GUCACUUGUGUAGACUUUUCUGCGUAAUUUUGUGAUAGUGACAUUUUGAUUAGAGCUGAAACAAAAGCGAAUCACGUAAAAGCACCAAUCAUCAAAUCGCAAUAAAUGCAGGUGGCAAAGAAACACUGGAAAAAUGAGUCGAAAGGGAACAAAAGAACAAAAUGAUAUAUCGCUAAUCAUUGGGAACCUACCGAAACGGCUACAGAACAAAAUCGCUGCCAGCUGUAGCAACAACGACAGCAGCAACAGCCACGCAGCCGAGGAUGCUGAAAAUGCGGAACCCAAGCCAGCCGCAAAAGUCACUUCAAGGCCAGUUACAGUUUUGAGCAGGCCAAAGGAGAAUAAUGUUGGCAUUGCUCCUAUGAUGAGAGCAAAUGCACCCGUUUUGGAUACCAGCGGGUGCAGCAUUAGCAGGAGUCUGGACAUUGGCUCCCGAGACGUGGGCAUACCAGGCAUAUUGCGCAUCAGUGCGAAUCCGGCAACAGCGAUAACAGCAGCGGAUGAGGCAAAGAGGGAGAAUACGCGGGCUCGUCGACGGCGACGCACUAAUUCGGCUCGAAUGCAUCAGGAGCCGAUACCAUUGUCGCCAUUGCCGUUAUCGCGAGUGCGUUUGACCACCGAUCAUCCGGCAUGGUUCGAGCAACUGCUCAAUAUGCCAAAUGCAAAAAUAAUAGUUCAGCUCUACGAUCAGCUGAUGGUGUUACAGCAACGUAAUCUAAUUCUUAUCAAUUGGAAGAACUUUUGCUACUUGCACGGACAGCUGCUCGAUGCGUUCUGCAGUCUGCUGCUCGACCAGUUAAAAUUCGUGUGCGAGCACAAAGUGGAUGCAUUCUUUUGGAAACUGCUGUUCUACAAUGUGCGCGAAUAUCUGAGGCGGCAGAACACGGAUGUGACCCAAAGCCAUACGCUGCUGCUCAUCGAACAGACGGCCAAAUUCUAUCGAGUCACCUACGACAAACUGAUGGCCAAAUACAUAUCCGUUCGUUGCGAGAGCGCCGUUAAGGUUGUCGCUCAACGUCUGCUCAUCUGCUUGGGCGACUUGUCGCGCUAUCGCGCCAAUCACUUGCAGCUAACGGACUUUGCCGAGGCCUGCAAGUAUUAUCAGCGCGCCCAGGAACUGGUGCCAAGCAAUGGAGCACCCUAUAAUCAACUGGCCAUCAUCGCUAUUUAUAAUCACAAACGCUUUGAGGCCGUUUAUUAUUAUAUGCGCAGCCUUUUGUCAUCUAAUGCCAUACAAUCGGCCAAGGAGAGUCUCUUGGAUUUAUUCGAUGAGAUACGCCGCAAGUAUGAGGAACUGGAAAUGAAGCAAUCCCCGAUGCACUGUGUCGCCAACAAGCCCAAAAAGUCAAAGCAAAUGCGUAGCGAAGUCUGGAUAUAUCCGGAUGGCAUGCGAUGCUUGCAUCGCACCGAUUUUAAGGGCAAAACCAAGAACAAAUCAAAUAUUGUUGAACUCAACUGUUACGAUGAAUUGCCACCAGAGGAUUUGCUGCCAAAGAUUGUGGCCCUCUAUCUGUAUUUAGUGGGCAAACUAUUCACGGCCACUGACAUUGAGUGCAUGUAUCAGCAGCUGGGUAAGCUGCAGAUUCAACUGAGUGCAGCUCUCAAAUUUGACAAUCUCUUGUCGCGCACAAAACUCUUGAAAAUGGUGGCAUUAAAUGUGUUUGUGCUGGAGCACAACAAGCUGAAAGCUAAUCGUCGUGAGAUGCGCUAUCAUAGUUUUAACUUUGCCAACUCAUUCUUUGGCCUAAUGCUGAGUAAGGUGAAUCAAUUGCUGGCCAGUCUCACGGAGGAUUCGACCGAAUUAGAGUCUUUCACAGAUAAAGAAUUAACACGCGUCAAUACUUAUCUACAGUUUAUUAAAAUAUAUACACAUUGGCUGACCAUCAAUGUGGAUCUUUGGGAGCCUGUGCGCACGGAAGAUCACUCAUUUAUCGAUUGCUGGGCGGAGCUGCGAAUUCUUUUUGAUCACAUCGAAAGCAUCUACAGCAAAUUUGAUAAAGAAAGCGAAAGCAGCAAUAAGCUGAACGUUGUCUUGGACGAGGAUAUUGUGCUGAGUGGGUUUCAGCCAUUGGGUCGCGAUCUGGCCAGGGAGUGUAGUCAGCGUAGCUCAGAGCGCGCCCAGUUCAUCGAGCGUAUACGAAAGAUUGCCCAAUUCCAGAGCAUCUAUUUGCAGCAUGAGGAAUCGUUGCAGCUGCCGUUAAACGAUAGCUUCACAAUUGAAGACUUAAAUACGGCCAUGCAGGUGGCACUGAAGGACUUUGACAUGGACAGCUGCGGCGAUUCUAUUCCCCUGGAGACUUCUGUAUCUGAGCAAGACCAAAUCGAAGAAGUGGACAUGAUGUGUUCUUCGACUGCCAAUGCGGAUGUGACGCAGCUUUGCAAGCUAAAGAAACAGCUUGAGGCAAAGGCAAAGGUCAAGCAGAUUUGCAACAGCAAACUGGAGGAGAUUUUGAAGCUCGUUGACUCCAAACUCUACAUUGAGGUGCGUCCACGCUUACUGUUGCCAGACACAAAUUGUUUCAUCGAUUGCCUCGAGGAUAUUGAAAAGUUGUCCAUGGAAUUCAAACGCUAUACGCUCAUUAUACCACUGACUGUGGUAAAGGAGCUGGACGGACUAUCGAAGGGCGUCAAGUUGGAUUCGUAUCGCAGCUCGAAGCAGACGCAACGAAUUCAUCAUUUUGACGAGGUAUCAACGCGUGCCAAAAAGUCACUUGAGUUCAUUAGAUCGGCUAAAAAUAAUGUGAAAUGUGUGACCACAAAGGGCUCUGUAAUUAGUGCUUCACUAUUUGCCCUGGUUGAGGAGGAAUAUGCCUCCAAUGAUGACAAAAUUCUGGCAACAGCGGUUGCUGCGUCCAAGAAUGCUAGCACUGAGCAGUGCAGGGAUGGAAAAUGUUUUAUUCGCACAGAACUGGUGCUCAUCACUACCGAUCGGAAUCUGCGCGUUAAAGCCUUAGCGCGGAAUCUGGCUGUCAGCGCCUUGGAUGAGUUUUUGCAAUGGGCCAAGGACUGUCGCGAAUCAACUUGAGCACAUCGACAGUGGGAAAGUAUUGCGAUACCGUUCUGACAAUUGUACCAGGUUUAUCCAACCUGUGCGCACGAUGCCUGCUGUGAAGAGCGAGCUCGUACCUUCAAUAUCACCACCAUCAUUAGACAUAUUUGGCUAUGUGUUGUUGUGGCCAACCAACUGGCCACCAGCAUACGUAAACGAUUGGAAGUGUGUCUUCGCUCUUAACUGGAUAGAAAAUUAUGUGCUGUUGUCGAGGUUUCUGGCUCUUUUCGUCCUAAUUUGGUCAUCACGUACUUGGCCAAGAGACAUAUCAACAUUAGUUUUCCUAUAUUUUCUCCUUAUGUGCGUUCUUGUGACUUAAUUUCAAUCCGAAAAAAUUAAAUUGAAUGGUUAAUUAAAAUUGUUGUUUAUCUAUGAAUCAUAGCGUUUUGCUGUGGAAACUAUGCAAAUAAACACUUCGUAUAUUUAUAAA